GGCGCUACCUGUUGUCUAGGCGGCCGGAACGAGCUCAGCCAGUCAGAGGCAGCCGCGGAGCCGAGUCAGCAGCUUACGAUCUCUUGGCUCGCUGCUGCUAUGUUCCAGGGGCCGGAGGCCGAGUCCGCCAAGCCCAGCUCUAGAGUAUUGAAACCCCCUGGAGGAGGCUCUAGUAAUCUGUUUGGGAGCACAGAAGAAGUUUCCUCUUCCAGCAGACCACACAGAAUGGCAUCUAGCAUCUUUGGAGCAGCUGAGGAACCACAGAACUUUCCAAAAAGAACAUACCCUCCAGGGGGGAAAGGAAGUGGUAUCUUUGAGGAUCCUAGCCCUGUCCAGUCUCGUCAAUGCAUGAAUCCGCCUGGUGGGAAGACAAGUGAUAUCUUUGGGUCUCCAGUACCUGCCAGCCCUGUUCGAGCACACCCAAACAAACCCAAGGAUCACAUUGUCUUACAAGAGGCAGGAGAUGCUUCAAAGGAACUGAAAGCUACAGAAAACAACAAACCACAGAUGGAAGACAGAGGCGAGAAGAGAGAUCUUGGGAAAGAUGAGCCAGGCCCCAAGAUAGAUGAUCAUGAACCCAGACUGGGACCAAGGCCACGGUCCCACAACAAAGUCCUCAAUCCCCCUGGUGGCAAAUCCAGCAUUGCAUUCUAUUAGGAACAUUCACUUUCACUAAUGGAGUCAGCUCAGAAACUUUAUCUAUGGGUCCUGAGGUUUGUUUUCAGACACUUGUAUGGGGACAGAUACUUUAGGUGGGAAGGUGGGGACUUUAGUGACUCAUCUAAUCCAAAUGCAGGACAUCUUGAUGUUCAAGACUUCUGUAAAACCUGUUAGUUAUGGUGCUUAUGGAAAUAACUGAAGACUCUUAUGUGCUAGACAGUGCAGGAUUCGGCGGGACAGUAGCUUAGAUAGGUGCAAGAGGAGUGACCCUUUGUGGUGAGCAAUUUUAAAAAAAAUACUCUUAAGCUUUCAGCCAGUUAGUAGCUCAGACUCUUGGACUGAAGCAUUUAGGUACAGUCAGUAUGGUGAAAUUCCAUCCCAGUGGAUGGGGACUUGGAUGCCAGGCGUGGCAUCCAUCCAAUUGAGCCUAACAGGAGCUAAUGCUCUCCUAGGCAGUGUAUCCUAACCUUAAGAAGCUAAAAAUUGAUCUGCAACCAUUUUAAUAUAAACAUGCUCCAUUCUAAGUGGUGGUGCUGGGUUCUGAAGAGUUCUGCUUAGUCCUUGGCCAUAAGAAGAGGCUUCCUCCCCAGGUUUAUUAUGUUAAAACUCUCAUUCUUCUGUGGCAGUCUCGCAAGCCAUCGAGUUGUGUAAACUUUUGGAGCACUUCAAUAAUAAUCUGUGCUGAUAUUCACUAGACAAAGAGAAAAAUUAUAGUUUAGUGUACUGUCUCAUCCAGGCACUCCUGGAAAGAUCUUAUUUCCCUGAUGUCAUGCAAGGGUGCCUCCAGCUUUCCUGGUAGGGAGGGCAGUGAUUUGCGUACACACAGUUGCAUCUAUUGAAAGAACUCUGACAAACUACAGUAGUGUAUAAUUAGAUUCUGGAAGCUGUCCCAGGAGAUCUCUAGUGAGCCAGCUUUAAUGUCCCAUCACCAACCUCUAAAAGCCCUAAUGUACCAAUGCUUUAGCUUCUGCAGGGUCCCCCCCUGCUCUGUCUUGAAGAAAUAAUGGACUGUUCUGCUUGUAUCCUCCAGUAGCUUUGUUUUUUGUUUCUAUGCUGACUCUGUUAGUGAAACCUCUGUUUUGUUAGCCAUGGGUUGCCUUUGACUGCCUCAGUUAUUCCUUGGUAGUGUGGACAAUCCAAGUUGCUCAUCCACAAAUACUCUUGUAGCUAUUUCAAGACUGUUAAUCCCUGUUCAUCUGCUUGGGACAGUCUAGGGAUCACUGCAAUACUCUUCUGGCACAGUGGCUGUUUUGAAUUAUGUUUGCAAGAACGUGCAUUGUUUUCUCUAAUUAGGUAUGUGGGUUUGGGGAUGGGGGGUUGAAGGAGGGCUCUCAAAUUUCAGUUAAUUCUAACUGGACUUUCCUCAAACAUAUCAAAUAUUGAUACUUUGGAUAACACUAGGUGCUUAGACUGUUGGCCACCAGUAAUUUUUUUUUUUUUUUAAAACUACUUAACUCAUUACAUACAGGAGUUCAGGUACACCAAAGACCAAGUGGCCUUAUCUACACAAUGGCUCCACAUACCAGUAGCUGUUCUAGCCCAGGUUCACUGAAAACUAUUUCUGUGACAAACUAUUCAGAAGAGCUAUCUCUCAGCUAGGUGCUACAACAGCUUAGAGGUCAUAAUGAUUGUUAAAGUGCCCAGCAAAGAUGAAUGA